AUGCAGAUACGCCUCGUGGUCGCCGCUAUUAUUGGAUUUGUCUGCCAUCAGGCAACCGCCGACUGCCCAGCCGCCGCCCCGGUCUCGACCAACUACAUCAUCGGACCCAGUAUCGCGAAUUCGUGCCCAACGGGAUAUGAAUGCAUUGAGUACUAUGGAACAGGCCAAUGCGUUUACAGCGCUGCCGUCACAUGCAAGGACAGUACCAGUAGCUGCGGCACCUGGGCCAAAAAUGGCUACUGUACUGACCCAAAAAAUGCCAAGACAAAAGCCACCACUUGCGCCUACACUUGCAAGACCUGCACCGGUGCCUGCGUUGACAAAAGCAACAACUGCGCCACCUGGAUCAAGAACAGCAACUUCUGCCAAAGUUCCAACUACGACCUUGCGACGAAGUUGGCCAACUGCCAGAAGUCCUGCAACCUGUGC